AUGGAAUCCAUAAGCCGUCUUCGCUCUUUACUCUUCAACGUUACGCGUGGCAUCCACAAUGCAGAGCAAGAGCUCUUCGAUGAGCUCAUGAUUCACAAACCAUCUUUUCUCAACUUGUUCGAAGUUGGUGGACGGAGUCCACAAGAGCAACGAGACCUCGAAUCGGGUAAAAUCACACUCAGCGGCCGGACCGUCGCGGUAAAUGCCGACUUUACGCGUCAGGUCGUAUUCCUCUCCCAACAACUAGAGGUUUCCGAACGUUACAUUGCCAGUCUAUUGCAUGCCAUCACAACUGAAACUCCAAACAUCCAACCCAUCGACUCCUUGGAGGCUACAGUGUCUUUGUUUCAUCUUCGACGACGAGAACUCGCACAAUGCUUAGUUUACCUUCUCCAAAUCGCAGAAGCUGCCGAAGCAUCCGCUGCACCUUCCAUCUUCACCAAGAUAUGGGACUUUGUCAAGCAAGAUCUCUUCCCCACCCACCGAACCACAACCCAAACCUCUCUGUCGCAGCGUCUGGUCAGAGAGCUUCAAAACCUCGGAAACCUGAUGGGAAAGGCAGACACGGCCAGGAAGGGCGCACGGACAGUUACAGUUGCACCAUCAGCGCAAGCCACAACCACACCACCUGCACUGGGCUUUGAAUGUCUCAACAGUCGAUUCGAGUCAUUCAAGUACGAGCGCCGCACACUUGCCGCCUGUGUCUCCACCAUUGCGCGCCUCGGCUACUUGGGACCUAACGAAAUCAAGAUUAUUGUGGAUUGGCUAUGUUCAACGCCUAACCAGGCUUUGACAUUCUACCUUCUCACCUCCAUCCUCUCUAUCUUCGAUUCUGUGGCGCCGGGGACGGCAGCAGAUGUGCUUCGUUCGGAACUCACCCAGAGCGAUAUGAUGACCUAUAUGACGAAAAAAUUAGCCAUUUCGACUGACUGGAAAGAACCUGGCCUGAAGGCAAUAAUUUUACUCAAGUGGACUCUUUUCCUGACUGAGGCCCGUCAUCGAAAUCCGCAAUUGGAGCACCGUAGUGGAUUCAAAACUGAGGAAUUGGAGACUCAGAUUUGGAAUGCUAUCCAAGGCGACGCAUUCAUAUAUCUUGCCCAGCUCGUCGCUCAAAUGGUUAAACGACAUGGCACACCUGUCCCUUCACUGAUCGAGCAACUCAAGUUCUCCGCAGAGCAACAAGAGCAGCGAGAGUUGCCCUCCGAAGACUUCGUUUUUGACGUUUUAACUGCGUUUGAGGCUCUCAUUCGCUCGCUCAUCACGCAUGCUUCAUCGGAGCUGAGAAAGAUAAAACAACGACAAGAGGAUCUAGUACUGGCCGGUGCCCGGACGGAUCGUGCAAGAGCCGGACCAACUCGCUUCGCCUCUCAUGCGCCUGAAACUUCGACAACCCCUCGGAGUGAUAUCGCCAUGCUUUAUUCGUUCAUCGGCCUGCUAUACUCUGUACUUCCCGCCGAACGAGCUUUUGCAAUUCUGGGGCUCAACUCCCAUCGGACACUCCCACACAUAUAUGGAGUACACGGAGAGCGCGAUGGGCCGGCUGCCCGUCUUCCUUCAAUGGGCGCUGCGUCUCUGUAUGAUAUGUUGACUGGUCUUGCCAACGGUCAGCAAUGCAGUGAGCUGGCCCAUAAUUUCAUGGCUCGUGGUGGCGGGGAGGUUGUCCCUGGCAGCUCGCUACCUCUGUCUUCGGGAGGACCAUCUGUGUCCUGGAGCGUUGUGUUCAGUUUGUUGGACUCAUGGACUUCCAAUAACAACGGUGCAUCACGUGCCGCGCCGGCGUCUCAACCGUUUGGCCACAACCACAGUUUUGGCAUGUCCGCAUUCAAUUCUCACAACAAUCCGCCUCCCCCACCUCAGCCACAGGUCCCUUCAUUGGGCCCCAAGGAUGUUUUUCUUGCUCAGGCGUUCCUUCGGCUUCUGUCAACUGUGGCCACCCACUCCGUCGCUGUGCGGAAAGCCAUCGCUGGUCAUGCUCACUUCCGCGCCAUCCCAACUCUCGUUGCGCUUAUACCUCUUGGUAUCCCUCUUGAGAUCAAAGGUGCUCUUUUCAACACGCUAGCUGCCUUUGCGGCACCGGGAGCUGGCGUCCCUGGGCUCGAAAUAUGCAAGUCGAUAUGGAUUCUCAUGGAGCGCUACGAAGUCAUCAAUGUCCGCUCCUCGUCCGUUAACCUCCCGCCUGUUAAGGGCGUCGAACUCGAGCUUGAUGAAAUAGAAGCAUUGCAUCGAAUGUACCCGUCCACACUUCCCUUCUUGCGCCUCCUCGCCACACUCCUCCACACGUCCAAGCGCAUACCGCUCAGAGAACAACUUCUCGACUCUGCCCCGAUCAACACUAUUCCAGAGUCGCUCGGACAGCCGUAUCGCCUACCUGGCAUUGCUCCGUUCGUAAGCUUUGUCGUGGACAACGUCUUUGCCAAUAUUCCAAACCGCGAAUACAUCCAUCCUUCUGAUCGAUGGCAAACAAAUGACCUUUGUCUUUGCUUCAUCGAGCGUGCCCUGGCGAGCUUCGAACUGGAGUCUCUCAUCCGUGCAACCAGCGACUCGCAACUCAAAGGGGAUGCUAUUCUCAGCCUGCUUGUUCAUCCUGGAUUCGAUAUCUUGACUCGUUUACUCACCAACUCGCCACUUCAAUCCAGUUUGCUGACGUAUAUCAUGGAGGGCGUGACUGGCUUUGAGAAGGGGCUUGCAGAAGAAGAAGUUUACUUCGGUGCGACGAUCAUCCGGGUCUUGCGCAUUAUUCUUCGAGUUCUGGAAAUCCAAGAUAUUUUUCUUGACGUGUUACUGCCCUUAUUGCAGGAGAUGGACACGGUUCCUAUCAUCGGGAAGAUCCAGUCGCGGUCCUCGUUCACGAAAUUUGACCAAGCACUCUCAUAUAAUGCUCAACUGGUCCCAUCGAUCGCGGUCUACGUUGUCUUCGAGGGCCAUCCUGAACUAGUCCUUCUCUCGGUCAAGAUCCUUUCUAUUCUGUCGUCUUCAAGCGCGUUUUCGAGUCUGCAUGGCUUGAUUCAGCGUAGCGACGAGUGCGAUCGAAUAAUGGCAGGUUUUGCUCGCAUUCUGGAGACUGAGUCUAUCGAGGAUGUCACCAGUUCAGAAACAACAGCUGAGCAAUCGACAGGUGCUGGAGCCCCCGAUACCUCGCUCAACCCCAACUUCCCCGCUUUGCAGCAAGCUGUACGACUUGCGGUUCUCCAAUUCUUCAUUCGGAACACGGAGGCAAACAAGCCGUAUCCGAACAUUGCCUACUUUUUCCUAUUCGGAAACUUGAAAGCAGACCAAGGAAUCCAAGAUCCCCAGGCACUGGGUGCGCGUCGCUCUUGUGUUCAUGUCAUCUUCGAAUUGGCCAAUUUGGGCGUUCCUCGUUUCGAUGUCGAAUCAGUCAUGGAAAUGGACCCCUUGUUUAUCAUGCUUCCUGGUUUGGCCGAGCUACUCUAUCGCAUUAUCUAUCAACUAUGCACCCACCCACGGACCACAGAAUUCACUAUGCGUUACCUUCGCACAAGGGAAGACUUCUUCGCACGACAACUGGCAGCAAUUCCAUCACAAGUGCCAUCAACGAUCACUGAUGCUGGGAUUCAUGUUGCCCAUGUCGAUGGCGCCCGUGUGCAGACAACAGUGUCUGCUCUGAGCUCUUUCCUGCGACUGCGUUCUUGGAUAUUUGACCUCGCUGCUCUUGACUUGCAUGUCCUCACUAGCAAGGGGCAUCUCAAGGGUGUUGUUGAGUUGUUGGAUAUCCUAUUCAGCAAUGAAGGUGUUUCGAGGUCUUGGACGAGCGAUGGCUUUAGGGAGGUUGGACAGUCUCAUCUGCGAAUCAUCGAGUUUGCGCAAUCGCUUGCGUUUGACUGGUCUGACAGUCUGAAUGUGGAACCCCUCGAGCUCCGUUUCCUUGGCCAGCUAAAUCUACACUCCUGUGUCCGGAGAGACUCGAAUGGAUGUGAAAUUAUCGACAGAACAGCUCUUAUAUCACUGCUGACCUCUGCUCGUCGAACGUUGAAUGCACAAGGCAGCAUUGUCACUCCUGCCAACUCUGAGCAGCUCGAUGCGGAAGUGGCUUACAUUUUGGAGAGUUGUGCAGUCGAAAACCAUCGACGAGAGGUUGCAUAUGCCAAGUCUGCUGGCUAUGAGUCUUGGAAGCGACUACUGGACAUCACACUCGCAAAAUGUUUUGGUCGUCUACCACACGAGUAUCGGGAAAACAUGCUAUUCGAUCUACUGCAUGUUAUUCCCGCCAUUCUACGCUCGGACGAUCUGCAGGAAUCGACGGCGAUCCUGUUAGCAGAGGCAGUCGUAUCUGCUGUCACCAAAUUACGGGAGGAUAGACGCCAUCAAAUUUUGGUCCAGUCAGCGAAUGGGGAUGCCGAUGCUGGCUCCCUUCCUGCAGAAAGGCUAUUUGGAAUCUUGCGCUCAAUCCUAGAGUGUAUUGUCGAUAACAACCGCAUAGAGCUCGUUCGCGGUAACCUAUAUGCUGCUGUCAUCAACUACGUCCAUCUCAUCACUCCAACUGAAAAAGUAGCCCCCUCGCAAGACUUGAAAGCGUCAAUGUCUAUGUCACUCAGUACUUCCACCAGUCGCGAUGAACUUUCUCUCGAAUCGUCAACGGCUCGCACUCAUCUGUCCCUCGAAUUGGGUAGCUUGUCGCUGAUGAAACCAGCUAUAGAACGACUCGUCGCCACUAUUUCACGGGAUGCUAUUGACGGGUCGGAGGUUUGGAAGACGGUCGCAUUUAUGCUUCUAGACUCGCUGGUCCAGUUAUCGGGCCAGGACAAACAACAUGUCGCUUUGUCGACCUUGGUUCGACAGGGAAUACUAACCAACUUCGUUCGAGGCAUCAAAGAGUCUGAUCUGCGUCUGCAGUCCGUUUUGAAGCCUGAUCCCGACGAUCUGAACCCCUUGUAUGUCUACGAGGCCAAGAUGUCUCUCUUUGUGCGGAUGGCCCAAACAAGACCUGGUGCCGAAAAACUACUAGAAGCACAGCUCAUCCCCGUUCUAUCGCAAUGCGACUAUCUGGAUGCUCGACCAGAGGCGGAUCAGUCUUUUAUGGACAGAGAUAGUUUUCUCCCCUCUGCAAUCCAGCGGUAUCAUCAGUUGCUCAUGCCAGCCCUUCAGUUGGUUGAUUGUAUGCUGGCGACGUUAGGGACAAAACAUGCAACAGCUUCUAAUCAGGCGCUCGAAUUUCUCUCAAGCCACAGCUCCACCAUCGUCAUCAUGCUUAAAAACGAAAUUGAUCAAGUUCCUCUUGCGUUCGUUGAAGAGAUGCAUCUUGUGGUGUCGCUUUGUGUCGCUGUGCUCCCCCAUGUGCCGAAAGCAGAGCUGUCUUCAGCCCAUUCUGGCUUUGGAGCUAUCCACAGCGCAGUUCUCGUGCUUGCUACGAAAUGUCUCGGUGCCAGUCGUUGGCUGGCAGAAAUUGUUCCACAAACAGAUGGAGAGAUGCUCAGCGCCAGUGUUCUCGCAAUAGGGCAUGGUUCAGAUACAAAAUUCGAUAUUGAGAAACGGCGGAAGGAGCGUCUAAUGCGAAAAUGCAUCGUCGAGUACCUUGGUGCUGCGAGCGAGUUUACAGAACCAGAAAUCACGCCCUUAUUAUCACCCAUCGCAGCUGCGCCGAGGCAAGAAGAACGAGGCCCGCAUUUUUUGGCAACUAUUCCCACCGUGGGGGACGCCAUUGAUGCUUUAAACGCUCUCUGUGGCGACCUCUCAAAUACCCUGCAACAAAUUGCAGACAUUUCGGCGGAACUCGCCUCAAAAGAGCACGUUGGUGUAGAGAACAUUGGCGAUAUGCUCCCAGACGCGGACCCUGCCUUCCUCCGGAGUCUGGAUAUACCCCAAAAACGAGCACUUGUCUGUCGUGAGCUCGCUCGUGAAGGACGCACAGCGGAGGCUGAGGCGCGAACAUUAGUGGGCACUGCCGAGAUGAUUCUCCUUCUUCUCUGGAGACACGUUGUUUAUUAUGCGGAAGGCCAUCACCCACUCCCAACAACAAGCAAUGGCGCAAACCUGAAAGCAUCGACCACGUACGCGCUGCGCUUUUUGUCGCCUCCUGAACCAGUCGCCUUCCGCACUGAAGUUGGGAAACGGUUGGGGCCAGUUUUGCUACGAUUAGCGGGACUGGACCUUGGGGGUGAAUCGUUGCGAGCAAGUGCUGCUUAUAUGGAGAUUAUGAGCCGAAGGCUCCGUGAUAGCGCAGGGGUGAUGGAUGACAUCUAUGAGUAG